AUGGGGGACACCAGUACCAGGAAGAUGGGGCAGCUAUCCCAUGGCAUCAUCCCCCUCGUCGUAUGGUCCUUCAUCACCUUCCAGACGGCCACCUGCCUGCGGGAGCAGCCGGGCAACCACGCCGAGGAGCGUCUCUUCAAGCAUCUCUUCACUGGCUACAACCGGUGGUCGCGGCCGGUACCCAACACCUCCGACGUGGUCAUCGUGAAAUUUGGGCUCUCCAUUGCGCAGCUGAUCGAUGUGGAUGAGAAGAACCAAAUGAUGACCACAAAUGUCUGGCUGAAGCAGGAGUGGAGUGACUACAAGCUGCGCUGGGACCCGGUGGACUUUGACAAUGUCACCUCCAUCCGCGUGCCCUCUGAGAUGAUCUGGAUCCCCGACAUUGUGCUCUACAACAACGCCGAUGGGGAGUUCGCUGUGACCCACAUGACAAAGGCCCACCUCUUCUUCAACGGGAAGGUGAAGUGGGUGCCACCUGCCAUCUACAAGAGCUCGUGCAGCAUCGAUGUCACCUUCUUCCCCUUCGACCAGCAGAACUGCAAGAUGAAGUUUGGCUCCUGGACCUAUGACAAGGCCAAGAUUGACUUGGAGAACAUGGAGCACCACGUGGACCUGAAGGAUUACUGGGAGAGCGGCGAGUGGGCCAUCAUAAAUGCCAUCGGCACCUAUAACUCCAAGAAGUAUGACUGCUGCACCGAGAUCUACCCCGACAUCACCUUCUGCUUCAUCAUCCGCCGCCUUCCGCUCUUCUACACAAUCAAUCUCAUCAUACCCUGCCUGCUUAUCUCCUGCCUGACCGUGCUGGUCUUCUACCUGCCCUCUGACUGCGGGGAGAAGAUCACCCUCUGCAUCUCUGUCCUGCUGUCCCUCACCGUAUUCCUACUGCUCAUCACGGAAAUCAUCCCAUCCACCUCACUGGUCAUCCCUCUCAUUGGCGAGUACCUCCUCUUCACCAUGAUCUUCGUCACCCUCUCCAUCAUCAUCACUGUCUUUGUCCUCAAUGUCCACCACCGUUCCCCCAGCACCCACACCAUGCCCCACUGGGUGCGGAGCUUCUUCCUCGACUUCAUCCCUCGAUGGCUGUUUAUGAAGCGACCUCCAGCCCUGCCACCCCCCGACGGGACUGCGGGGCAGUAUGACCUCCCGGGGACAAGGCUCAGCACCUCUCGGUGUUGGCUGGAGACUGAUGUGGAUGACAAGUGGGAGGAAGAGGAGGAGGAGGAGGAGGAAGAAGAAGAGGAGGAGGAAGAGGAGAAGACGUAUCCCAACCGCGUGUCCCAGGUGGACUCCCAUGGCCAGGGCACCCAUUGCCGCUACAGCUGCGGGCGCCAAGCGGGGAAGGUGUCAGGGGGGUCAGCACCCCGAGUGUCCCCCAAGGAGGAGGAGGUGGGCUCGGAGCAGGGGCUGACGCUGUCCCCCAGCAUCCUGAAGGCCCUGGAAGGGGUGCAGUACAUCGCAGACCACCUGCGAGCCGAAGAUGCUGACUUCUCGGUGAAGGAGGACUGGAAGUACGUGGCCAUGGUGAUCGACCGCAUCUUCCUCUGGAUGUUCAUCAUCGUCUGCUUGCUGGGCACUGUGGGGCUCUUCCUCCCGCCCUACCUGGCGGGGAUGAUCUAG